CUUCCGAAAGGUCUGGAGUCCUGAGGGGCGCCGGGGUGGGAGCCCUUCCCUGGGCAGGGAGGGAGGCAGGGAGCAGGUGGCAGUCCUGCCCCUGAAGACCACCUCCCCACAGAUCUCCAAGCCGCUGAUGGAGAAGAAGCGGCGGGCUCGCAUCAACGUGUCACUGGAGCAGCUCAAGUCGCUGCUGGAGAAACACUACUCGCACCAGAUCCGCAAACGCAAGCUGGAGAAAGCCGACAUCCUGGAGUUGAGCGUCAAGUACAUGAAAAGCCUUCAGAGCUCCUUACAAGGGCUCUGGCCCGCAUCCAGCGCAGCCGAGUACCCGCUGGGCUUCCGCAGCUGCCUACCCGGCGUCAGCCUGCUCCUGCGGCGCGGAGAGGAAGGCGGCGGCGGCCUACGCUGCCCCCUGGUGCCCGAGCGCGCGGCCGGCGGCAGCACCAUGGACAGCGCCAGCCCCGGCCGAGAGGCGCCCUCGGGGCUUGGCCCGUGCGCCGCGGCGGUCUGGGCGCCUGCUCCCUCCGCCUGCGGCCCGACGUCCACGCCGCCCCUGCUCCUCCUCCCCGGAGGCCUCCCCGGCUCGUCCACUAGCAUCUUGGCGCCAGAGGCAGCGUCACGCGGCCGAGCUGAGAGCCCGGGGCCCGGGCUGCGUGUGUGGCGACCCUGGUGAGGCCCAGACCGGGCCUCGCCCUCAAGGGGGCUCCCGUCUGGUCUGGAGACGAAGAGACUGUUUGGAGCGCGCCCACGUUGAUUGCCUGGAUCUCGCCCGUUCCGGCUUUGGAGCUGGGUGGGUUUGGAGGGCGCCGCGCCCGCCGCGCCUGCGACCGUGGAGAAAACCCGCGAAGCCGCGCGCGAAUCCACCCCCUGCACCCCGCUGCUCCUGCAGAGCCGCAUCCGCGCGCGCUCCUCCCAGCCUC